GUGUGCCUUUCCAAAUCAUGUUAAAUCAAUUGAAUUUACCACAAGUGGACUCCAAUCAAGUUGUAGAAACAUCUCAAGGAUGAUCAAUGGAAACUGGAUGCACCUGAGCUCAAUUUGGAGUCUCAUAGCAAAGGAUCUGAAUACUUAUGUAAAUAAGGUAUUUCUGUUUUUAUGUCCUGUGGUUAAAAAGAUAAGAUGAAAGAUAUAGAAAUGUAAUGUCAUUAAAAGUAAACACAAUGAGAUGAAGCGGUGACGCGGGGAGCAGGACAAUUACACUCCACCCUGGCUUUUUACCUAACCACGAACAUGGAACAGGACAAUUACACUCCACCCUGGCUUUUUACCUAACCACGAACAUGGAACAGGACAAUUACACUCCACCCUGGCUUUUUACCUAACCACGAACAUGGAACAGGACAAUUACACUCCACCCUGGCUUUUUACCUAACCACGAACAUGGAACAGGACAAUUACACUCCACCCUGGCUUUUUACUUAACCACGAACAUGGAACAGGACAAUUACACUCCACCCUGGCUUUUUAACUAACCACGAACAUGGAACAGGACAGGACAGCGUCUGGACAGGAACACACAACGACAUUAAUGCAGACACAGGAAACACACGGGGAAGCAGACAGUUAUUGAUAGGACAACCAACAAAGGGAAGGAGUCCAGCCAUGCUAUCUACUACUCUAUAAUGGGUGCGGUGGUGUUGGUAGCAGCCUACAUGCAGGUGGCCUUCUGGACCCUGGCGGCAGGCAGGCAGGUCAAACGCCUCAGGAAGCUCUUCUUCCACUGCAUCAUGCAGCAGGAGAUCGGCUGGUUCGACGUCAACGAGACGGGAGAACUCAACACCCGCCUAACAGAUGACAUCUAUAAGAUCAACGAGGGGAUAGGUGACAAGGUGGGCAUGUUGAUCCAGUCCUUCACCACCUUCGUUGCUUCCUUCAUCAUCGGCUUCAGCAAAGGAUGGAAGCUCACCCUUGUCAUCCUGGCUGUCAGCCCUGUGCUGGGCUUCUCUGCUUUUAUAUUCAGCAAGGUACUGACGUCCUUCACAUCCCUGGAGCAGAGUGCUUAUGCUAAAGCUGGAGCCGUGGCUGAGGAGGUGAUCUCUUCUGUCAGAACAGUCUUCGCUUUCGGUGGACAACAGAAGGAGAUAACCAGGUACGAGAAAAACCUGGAGGAUGCUAAGAACAUGGGUAUCCGUAAAGCCAUCUCUGCUAACAUCGCCAUGGGCUUCACCUUCCUGAUGAUCUAUCUGUCCUACGCUCUGUCCUUCUGGUACGGCAGCACACUCAUCCUAUCUGGAGAAUACACCAUUGGAACUGUCCUCACCGUGUUCUUCACAGUGUUGAUCGGGGCGUUUGCCAUGGGACAGACUUCUCCUAAUGUCCAGGCCUUCGCCAGUGCCCGGGGAGCGGCACACAAAGUCUACAACAUCAUCGACAAUAAACCCCACAUCAACAGCUACUCAGACCACGGCCACAAGCCUGAUGUCAUCAAAGGAAACAUCGAGUUUAACAACAUCCAUUUCACCUACCCCUCACGACCCAACGUCAAAGUGUUGAAUGGAAUGUCUCUGAGCGUGCGUAGUGGCCAGACCAUAGCUCUGGUAGGCAGUAGUGGCUGUGGGAAAAGCACCACCGUUCAGCUGCUGCAGCGGUUCUAUGAUCCACAAGAUGGAUCAGUGUGUGUAGAUGGUCAUGACGUGCGCUCCCUGAACGUGCGCUUCCUGAGAGAGAUGAUUGGCGUUGUCAGUCAGGAGCCCAUCCUGUUUGCUACCACCAUCGCUGAGAACAUCCGCUACGGACGACCUGACGUCACACAUCAGGAGAUAGAACAGGCUGCUAGGGAGGCCAACGCCUACGACUUCAUCAUGACACUACCUGAUAAGUUUGAGACUCUAGUUGGAGACAGAGGAACCCAGAUGAGUGGAGGACAGAAACAGAGGAUCGCUAUCGCACGCGCUCUCGUACGCAACCCCAAGAUCCUCUUGUUGGAUGAGGCUACCUCAGCCCUCGACGCCGAGAGUGAGACCAUCGUACAGGCUGCUUUGGACAAGGUGAGACAGGGUCGUACUACCAUUGUGGUAGCCCAUCGUCUGUCUACUAUCCGUAAUGCUGAUGUCAUCGCAGGCUUCCAGAAGGGAGAGAUUGUAGAGCUGGGAACACACAGCCAACUGAUGGAAAAAGAAGGAGUCUACCACACACUGGUCACCAUGCAGACGUUUAAGAGUCCUGAGGAGGGUGAGGCUGUGGAGGAGCAGGUUCUGGAGGAGAAGAGUCCGUCAGUGACGCCGUUCUCAGAGACCACCCUCAUCAGGAGGAAAUCUACCAAGGGAUCAUCCUUCAUCGGCUCAGAGAAAGGAGACAAGGACAAGACAGAGGUGGAAGAAGAGGAUGAGGAGAUUCCUCCUGUGUCGUUUCUGAAGGUGUUGAAGCUGAACCUUCCUGAGUGGCCCUAUAUGGUGGUUGGUGUGAUCUGUGCCACUAUCAACGGGGGCAUGCAGCCUUUCUUCGCUGUCAUCUUCUCUAAAAUCAUCGCUGUGUUUGCAGAGCAAGACCAGGAACUAGUUAGACAACGCUCCUCGUUAUACUCUAUCAUGUUCGCCCUCAUUGGAGUCGUCUCCUUCAUAACCAUGUUCCUGCAGGGAUUCUGUUUUGGGAAGGCCGGGGAGAUUCUGACCAUGAAGCUGAGACUGAUGGCAUUUAAAGCCAUGAUGAAACAGGAGUUGGGCUGGUAUGACAGUCACAAGAACAGUGUUGGAGCUCUCACCACUAGACUGGCUACAGACGCAGCACAAGUACAGGGGGCUACAGGAGUGCGCUUGGCCACUCUGGCCCAGAACGUGGCUAACCUGGGCACCAGUCUGAUCAUCUCGUUUGUGUACGGCUGGCAGCUGACUCUUCUCAUUCUGUGUGUGGUACCUGUCAUGGCUGUAGCUGGAGGCAUACAGAUGAAGAUGCUCUCUGGUCACGCUGUCAAAGACAAGAAAGAGCUAGAACAGGCUGGCAAGAUUGCCACAGAGGCCAUAGAGAACAUCCGUACGGUGGCAUCUCUCACCAGAGAGCAGAAGUUUGAGUCUCUGUACCAGGAGAACCUCAUAGUGCCUUUCAAGAACUCUCAGAAGAAGGCCCAUGUGUAUGGCAUCACAUUCUCCUUCUCUCAGGCCAUGAUCUACUUUGCCUAUGCAGGCUGCUUCCGCUUCGGAGCCUGGCUCAUAGAGGAAGGCAUCAUGACCUUUGAAAAUGUCUUCCUGGUGAUCUCUGCAGUGCUGUACGGAGCCAUGGCAGUAGGAGAGGCCAACUCCUUCACGCCUAACUAUGCCAAAGCCAAGAUAUCAGCAUCUCACCUUAUGUUCCUCAUCAACAGAGAACCUGCCAUAGACAACUGCUCGCAGGAGGGAGAAACACCGGACCACUUUGAUGGGAACGUGCGUUUCCAGGGGGUGAGGUUCAACUACCCGUCCCGUCCAGACCUUGCUGUCCUGCAGGGACUGGAGCUGAAGGUGCAGAAGGGCCAGACUCUAGCCCUGGUGGGCAGCAGUGGCUGUGGGAAGAGUACGACCAUACAAUUACUGGAGAGGUUCUACGACCCACUACAGGGCACAGUGAUGUUGGACAACAGUGAUGCUAAGAAGCUGAACAUCCAUUGGCUGAGGGCCCAGAUGGGCAUCGUAUCCCAGGAGCCUGUGCUGUUUGACUGUAGUCUGGCAGAGAACAUCGCCUACGGAGACAACACACGCAAAGUUACCUUGGAGGAGAUCCAGAGUGCUGCUAAAGCUGCCAACAUACACAGCUUCAUAGAUGACCUGCCUCAGAAGUAUGACACCCAAGCUGGUGACAAGGGGACCCAGUUGUCAGGAGGGCAGAAGCAGCGUAUAGCCAUUGCAAGAGCCAUCCUCCGCAACCCCAAAGUCCUGCUGUUGGACGAGGCCACCUCGGCACUGGACACAGAGAGCGAGAGGGUGGUGCAGGAGGCCCUAGAUGUGGCUCGACAGGGCAGGACGUGUAUCGUGGUGGCCCACCGCCUUUCCACCAUUCAGAACGCUGACCUGAUCGCUGUCUUCCAGAAGGGAGUGGUGGUGGAGCAGGGCACUCAUCAACAACUACUGUCCCAGAGAGGAGUAUACUACUCACUGGUCACCACACAGCUGGGCCAUGGCAGAAACUGAGGGAGGAGAGGAGGAUGGGGGAGAGAGAGGCUGACGUUGCAGGGGGUUGCUGGGAGGGGCUGAGUGU